UGGAUGAAAACUUUUCGUGGUUAUAGUUUAUUUGCGGAAAUAAAGGGAUUUGAAUUUGUUUGUGGUCAUGCAUCUUCCUGCAACACACCCGAGAUUUUGGCUCCAAGUAACAAGUGUGACGUGUCUGUUAUUUAUUUGCUAUAGUUACAAGAUCUAAAUGCUCUUUAGUUUCAUACUUCAUCACUUCUGUGUUCCUUUUUCGUUGUAAUUCAGGAGUUGCUGUGUUUUUUUCCUCGUGACUUAUGAUUUCCACCUUCACUCAAGUUCUCUUUCAUCUUUCCUUUUUUUUUUCCCAUGUUUUUCUCAAUUUUGAUUUAUAGUUUGUGACCUUUGUUUAUAAGAUUUAAUGAUUCAAUAAUCUAAGAAUUCCCAGUGUUUUAUUGAUUUUGGAGCAGGUUUGAGUUGGCAAUUUGAUGUAGACUUGGGUGGUUGAAUUUCUAAAGAUGCUCUCAAUCUAUGCCAUAGAGAAUUUGAGUGAUUGAGUGAGUGGAUAUGAACAUGGAAGGGUCUUAUGAGGCAUCAUGCAAUGAAGAAGCUGGUAAUAAAAGCCUUCAGAUCAUUAAAUAUUCACCUUAUAAACCCUGCAGAAAAAUAUCAUCACCAUGGUUUGAUCUAAGAGUGUUUUAUGUGAGAGUGAUUGGCAUUCAGGUGGAUGAAUCCACCCCAGAGUUUCUCUCUCUCAAUCAUAUUCCUCUAAGUCCUGAUACCCUUUUGGAGGUGAAUGGUGUUAGAAGCAGCAUUUACUAUGAUGGAGAGUCUUCAGUGCUUCGAAGGGACAGAGUGGAUAAGAAAUCUGAGGAAGCAACCUUUGUGAACACUGAUAGUAUACGUUUGACUGGGAGCAUGAAGUUCGAGGUUUAUGAUAAAGAACAUUGCAUUCUCUCUGGGGUUCUGGAGAUGUCUAAUAGCAAUGGUUUUGUUGGAGAAUCCAGAAGUAAUGUGAAGAGAUGGAGUAUGAGUUGUCAAACAGAAAUGGCACCUGGGUGUGGCUUCUUCAAGGGAAAACAUGGUUCUGUCCAUGAAUCACCUUGUCCUGAAAUUGAGGUUUAUGUUGCUGGUUGCUUCUCAGGAACACCAAUUAUCUUAACAAAGACACUGCAGCUUAAUUGCCGGAAGAAGAAUAAUAGAAAAUGCACAUUGGAUGCCAUUCCAGAAUAUGAAACAACUGAGUGCCAGAAAGAUGUAUCUGAUCAUGGACUUCAUUUGCAGGUUGCUGACUACAGAAGCUUCAAAUCAGAACAAGAAGAGAAUUACAACAUGUAUUGGCAAAGAACAGGAUAUGUAGAUGGGGAAGAUGGUGAAUUAUCAUGGUUCAAUGCUGGGGUAAGAGUUGGUGUUGGAAUUGGACUUGGCAUCUGUGUAGGAGUUGGUAUAGGGGUUAGCUUGUUAGUACGUUCAUACCAAGCAACUACUCGUAAUUUUAAAAGGAGGUUCAUAUAACCCCUUCUGAGUUUGAAUUUUAUGUGCUCCAUAAUUUAAAGGCAACUAUCAAUGGUAUGUUUUUUUCUUCUUUAAUAUACUCUUUUCCCCCUUCAUAAGCCUUAAAGAAAUGUUCUUGUUUCCAACGAUGGUAUAGAUGCUCAAACCCAAAUUGUCAUUCUCAUCGGAUCACAUUCAUUGUGAUUGUGUGGUUGAUAACGUAGGUUGUAAGUAGCAUACAAAAGUGGACUAAAUCCUUAACUUAGUUGUCGAGAUUAUAUGG